ACAUGAGAAAAAUAGACUUUCUCUUGAAAAAUGUUUUUGUGUUAAAAGUAAAGCUGAUUAAAGCCGAAAUGUAAACAAAAUUGCAUUCUCGUAAGAAAUAAACCUAUUAUAACCAUAAAUAGAGAACAACAAGUUUUGACCUAGCUCUGCAAAGUAAACACUUUUUAAAAAGAAAAAACAUUCUAGACAAACAUUGACAGUAAACAUGGAACGUUAUGAAAGUGAUAUACGAGAGAGAGCGUAAAGCAACGCAUAAAAGAAAGCGGGAAAUUUAUACUUUGUAACAUCAUUGUGAAAGAUAUGAUUCUUUUUCUUUUAUUAUAUGGAUUGACUUCAAACAAAAACAUGGCUACCACGACAGAAAUAACAGCCGGAAGAAACUUACAUGACCAUGUUAUUACUAAUGAAAACUGCUUAAAUUUUGAUGCAUCUAAAUCCACGUCUGAUCGUAAUAAAUGUGUCUGUCAAAGUUUUAUCAAAUGGACUUUCUUUACCGUAAAUGACAAGUUUCGUUGUUCCUCACGACAUGAAAUUGCGCCAGAAUGUAAAAGUCGCCUAGGAAAUUCAGUCCCUUUAUUAAAGAAGCAAGGAAAGGCAUGGAUAGCAAAAGGUCAAUUAAUAUCGACCGGUAAAACGUAUUGCCAAACUGAUGUUCUUAUAUGGAAAAGCACACAGCAUGGAUGGCAAAUGAUCAAGGCGCAAGUCAAGAUAGCACCAACACCGAAGCCCCUAGGCCCACCACAUCGUUCUAGAACAUUUGCAGUUUCCAUUACACCCAAAUCUUACCAGUUAUUGGCCGGUGCUCUAUUGAAAGUUUUAGCGUCUUGUGACGUAAGACACAAAGAUUGUCUGCUCUUAAAAGCUGAAGGAGAGUUCAAGUGUGAGUGAAUAGAAAAACAUUUAGAAAAAGAUCGGUGAAAUAGGUUGAUAAAAGGUUUUAGACGGAAGAAAUAAUGUUGGCUUGCAAAAGAAUAGUCAGUUAAAAUGUAAUAUUUGACCAAUGUUACAUUUUUGCUAACAAAAUUUUUCUACCUAGAAAAAUUAAAAAAUACAAAGGGUACUCUUGUACCCUCAUCAUUUUGAAGCAUUUUGGAUCUUAAUGUUCUAAAUAAGGUAUGGCAUAAGCAGUGUAAAAUGCUUAAUCGGUAAUUUUUUUGAUGGACAUAUAGGUUCAGUAUCCGUGACAUAUAAACCUAUGAUUUAACUGAAGACAUUGAACAACAAUCGGUUAAGUUAAAGAAACAAAGAACAAACCAACUGCAUUUUUUACAAUACGGUUCGCUGUCAUCAGCAUUGUCUUUAGUCGACUUCGUCAAGCUUUUACUGUGUAUAUUGACCGAUAUGUAUGCAAAAAUUGAUGGAAAUUAUCAGGGAAAAGCCGAUUUUUCUUUUUACCCACCAUGCUAUUGAGUCAUACCUUUGUUCCAUUUUCUAGGAUCAGGUAAAAGAAUCAGUAAAAGUGACUAGUCUAUAUAAAACGUAAAAAUAGAUAGUCACUGAGGGUGACCAUUUACCGACAUUUUUUUUACCGAUAAGGUAUUAAGAAGAAGUAUAAAUAACAGUAGAUACUCUUUGUUAUACACCCAAUAAUGUGCAUAUCUGUUGCUUAAAGAUCAUUUCACACAAUUACAUCUUCUGCAAACCUUUCGACCUUGCUUUCUGUAUAAAGGUUUAAUUUUUAUGGUUUAAUUUUACAAAAAUUUGCUUAACCACGACAUUCAGAUUGGAUUUACUGGUUUAUAUGAAGAAUGACCAUUGAGAUAUAAAUAAAGAUGCUUACGUUUUUUUGUUAUUGUUCUUAUUAUUUUGUUAUUUUUAUUUUUAGGAGGAAAAGAGUACCUAAAAAUAAGGUCGGUACAUGCUUAAGUAUCGUAAUUUAACGACGAAUUGCCACUGUUAGGCAAUGGCAAUUGCAGUAAGACCGGAUCAGAAAUACAACGUUACGAAAUAUAUCCCCUUUACUACCUUUACAAAUGUUCUAUCUUUAAUUCUGUUCUUAAUUAUUUGCAAAGUGGCACUUUUUUGGCUAUUUUUGGAAAUGGCAAAAUAGCACUCUGACAAAUGCUCUGCAGCUAAAAGACUGCGGAAAUUGUACCUAGGUAGAUAUGUAAGGUGGUUGGGGAACGUUGAAACGGCGCUAGUGGCAGUUUCUGCGAUGUUGCAUUAUGGAACAAAUAAUUGGACGUCCCUCAAGUUCUAAAAAAUCGAGAAAACAGGUUAUGCUAAUUUCAGCAAGAAUUAUCACAGUUUGACGUUUCGGAAGUAACCAAAUAACUUAAGCUGCUAAGUAUAUUGUGAACAUUAAAAAGUAAACCUUGACAUCUUUGAAUUUCAGGCAGGGUAUAAAAAGACUGUAAAUAACUGCUCGUCAAUAUUUCUUUGAAAUUAAGCAUUUUUUCUUACAAAUUUAAAGCUGGAUUGUAGUAACUUAAAGUUUUAAACUUCAACUCUUAGUCUCCAACUCCCGCUGCAACAAAUGCUGGAUAUGUUAUCAGUAAUCAACCAAGUGCACCAUCAAAUGACUAUGACUAUGCCAAACUAGGUACAUCUUUCUGUUACAAUAUUGAGUGGACAAUCCAGGAGAAUAUUAAUAAAAAAAACCUUUCACAAUUCUUCAUCUC